AAUGGCCUUCCCAAAAAGACAGACAGUUGCGGCUCAUCCAGAACGCUGCGGCCCGGAUUCCACUUACUAGCAUUGUGUAUGAAAUUUGCUUUAUAAAUAAACUUGCCUUGUCUUGUCAUUUGAAUAAUACCAUGCGCCAUUUCAUCAAGAAAUAACAUCCUAAUUGUUUGUGUUUGCAGGAACCAUGGUGAGCAAGGACGCUGGAAAAUGCAUGCUCACCAACUCUGAGUCAGACUCGGAGGCGACGGCGGUCUCUAUGGCCCUGGAGGUCAAAGGCUCAUCGGAUGAAAACCGGCAUGUUAGAAAGCGGAACAAAGCCCUUCAGGUGCGUUUCAAGGACAUCUGUGAGGCACAGAAUGAACAGGCAGCUGCUGCCCGGGGAGGAAAGCCGGUCUACAAAGUGGCAUACCGCAAGUACAUGACUGUCCCGGCUCGCAGAUCAAUCCCCAAUGUCACCAAAAGCACUGGAGUGCAAACUUCACCAGAUCUGAGGAAGCGCUACCAGACUUUUCCAUUUGAGCGUAAGAAAGGACACACGGUCAAGCAUGCUGCUGCGGUGGAGAGCUGCAAGGACCAGGAUGACGGUUUUGUUAUUGAUGUCAAGAGGGCAAAGGCAACCGAAGCAGGUAGAGAAUGUGUGCCCUCUCAUAAUGUGAGAAAAACUAGGGCAUUAAUGCACACUAACCAAUGUGUUGCAACUAUUGAACAGCAUCCGCAACGCAGAGACUGUCCGGAAAGAGCGGACGGAUGCUCAGACGCUUUGGUUCUUCCCUGCUCCACAGAAAGAACCACAGCGGACAAUUCGGACUAUCAGAUCUGUAGCGUGAGAAGUAAACACAGUAAGGGCUUCCAGAGAAACUCUGAAUCUCUUGAUCGCUCAGGCAAGCUGCACUUGCUCAAUUCUGAGGAGAGCACUGGGAAUAUUCUCCAGGAUUCAUCCUCGAAAGUGACAGGACCCAUCGCAUGGAACUCCCUUACGCAGGUGGAGUGUUUGGAGAGUCCGUCCGAGCGCAGCAAACGCAAGGCGUUGCAGCUCAACGGCCUCCAGUCACAGACUUUGCCGCGGGCCAGUUGCACAACGCAGGUCCAGUGCCACACGGGAACGCUGUCAGCUCGCCCGCUGCGGGGCAUGGACGAGGGACCGACAGUGACUUCCAAAGCCGUUCCAAUGCCCGCACCUCCAUGUAGGGGUGGCACGGGAACAGGAACCGUACAAACGGAUAAUGAGGCGUGCAAGCAGAUAGUUCCUGUCAAUCAGGAUGGGGAUGUUAAGGCACAGCUGCAGGCCAUGGAAAAUAUGAUCAGCUCCAGCCAGGAAACCAUCAAAGUGCUGCUGGGUGUCAUUCAGGAGCUGGAAAAGGGAGAAGCUCAUAGAGAAGGGCUCUCCUAUCGCACAGGCCAGGACACGGCGAACUGUGACACGUGCCGGAACAGCGCAUGCAUCAUUUACAGUGUGGAGCUGGACUUUAAACUGCAGGAGGACAAACUGCAGCCGCUGAUGAAGAGAUUGUGUCCGACGGAGGAGUCUCUGUUUGCCUCUCUGCCGUUUGCUCAGGACACCAUCAGCUCAACACCCAAACGCAAGUCCAAAGCCGAGGCCAAGAAACACGCGCGCUGGAAACUCUGGUUCCUGUGACCGCAGCAAACACAACACUUUAGUUCCAGACAGCUUUUCAUUUCGCCUGGUAUGAUCGGGAGUAAUAUGUUUGUCCCUUUUCAGUACUUCAUGGACGAGAGUACUGGGACUUGUGUAUAUUUAACCGAAGAAUGGAAUAAUGAGACGUAGCUGGAUCAAUAUUUAUAUUUAUUGACUUUUUUUUUAAUUAAUUUUUUUUUUUUUUUUGAUCAUCAUUUGGGAUCAUUUGGGGUCUUCUCUUCCUCGUGGAUAUCCACAGAUUAAACGAAGCACAACUCUUCAGAUGCACUGGAGGAUGGUUUUCUUCACAGAGGACUUCAUGGAUUUAUUAUUUAUUUUUUUCCAGAAUGGAAAACUCACUCCAGGAUGGGAUUAAUAGCAGACGGAGCUGGCGAAGUCACGGCAAAUACAUAAUGCACUGCAAAAACUGCUUUUCUUAUUUAGAGUUUGUGUCUUGCUUCUAGUCCAAAAACCUAAAGAUUAUUCAAUAAUGAAGCAUUUUAUAGAGAACUAAAAAACAUUGGGUCACACUUUAUUUUGAUGGUCCGCUGGUUGAAUUUAAGGAUGCUUU